AUGAGUCAAGCUCAUAUUCAAGAUUAUGAACAUAUUGCUUCUCAUAUCAGUGAAUAUAUUGACGAAGGUAAUUUCUUUGAUGUAUUUGAAAUAGAAGACAUCAAAAAGAUCAUGAAAAUUUCAAAUUUUACAGCAAAUGGCUUCAUUGCUCUUCUUGAGCAGUCACAUCCUACUAUCAAUGCAAAUAAAUUAUAUGCUUGUACUCGAAAUGCUAAUAUUUAUAUUCAAAACUUUGAAGAUGUUAUUUCAACACUGAAAUCAAUCAAAAAGUACAUGAAACUCAGAAUACUUAAUAGUAUUGUUGACUUUUUAGAUUCCAAAGGAAAAGAAAUAUACGAUUCUACAGAGAAAAUCCAAAAACUUCAAACAGAGCUAAACGAAAUUCCAAAAAAAAAAAGUGACAACGAAAUACAAUCACUUCAAUCUCAACUCAAUCAAAUCAAUGAAGAAAGCAACAAAUUAAAAGAAAAACUCAAUGAAAUGGAAAGUAACACCAAUCAAGCCGAUGAAACAAUUUUAUCAAAAAUUAAAGAGCUAAAGGAAUCAGAUGAUUUCGAAAGUAUCUACAAUUUCCUUGAUGAGCUUUCAUCUCAAGGAAAUCGAAAAAUGAUUUCAAAAGCAUGUGAAGAAGGACUUUGGAAGAAGACAACUACUGUACAUUUUCGAGAUGAUGGUGAUGAGUUUGAUGAAAGGAAUGUACUUCAUGUAGCAAGUAAUAAAGGAAAUCUCAAACUUGUCAAAUCUCUCAUUGAAUGCGGCUGUGAUAAAGGUACAAAGAGUUCACGUGGCUUGACUCCACUCAAUUAUGCAUCAUGGCAUGGUCAUAUUGAAAUUGUUAAAUAUCUUAUCUCUAAUGGAGCUGAUAAAGAAGCAAAGGAUAAUGCUGGAUCUACUCCACUCAUUUAUGCAUCAUCUAAUGGUCAUCUUGAAGUUGUUAAAUAUCUUAUCUCUGUUGGUGCUGAUAAAGAAGCAAAGAAUAAUGAUGGAUGGACUCCACUCAUUUGGGCAUCAAGAAAUGGUCAUCUUGAAGUUGUUAAAUAUCUUAUCUCUGUUG